CCCACCCACCUCUCCCAGAUGCCCACGCCCCAUCGCCACCACCCCCAAUCCACACCCCACGAGCAUGGCGCUCCGGCGCGCCGUAGGAUCCGGAUCGGGCUCGGCACCCCUGGCGCCCCACUCCUCCUUCCUAUGCCCCCGCACCCCAACCUUCCCCAACUCCGCCAGCAACCACGACAGCCGCCGAUGCAUCGCCGACCUGCCAAGACCCACCACGGCCGCCUUUGAUGCACCGCCGACCUGCCAUACCCACCACGGAGUGCGUCCUGUCCCAGAUCCGCCACCUCCCCGCUCAACCGGCUUCUUCCCUCUGGUCAACCGUCGUGGUUGCCUUCAUGGAAACCAGCGCCGCCACCUUCAACCACCGCUGUCAGCUAUCUUUGGAUCCAGUGCAUCGGCGCCCUGGCCCGCCAACCACAGCGCCGCGUACGCGGAUCCGCCGGAUCCCAGGCUCAUCUCCUUCCCCCAACCUUCUCCUUCAAUGGCGGUCAACCCCCGGCAACUAAAUGGGCCCCUUCCCCAGCGGUGACGGUGCAAAGCUUCUACAGUUUGUGGCGUGUGCGGCUGCAGUGCAACAGGUGCACGCUUGCAGUCCGCUAGCGCGGCAGCCCGAUGGAUCCACUCCGACCUCUGCAGCGCCAUGGCCCUGCCUCCUCGCGGAUCCACUCUCCCCCUCGACUGACAGCUCUCCAAGCCAUACUGCGCCCCUGCCCCGUGCAACGGUGGUCAUCUUCUCGCAUCAAUCUGGUGGCCGCCCCGAUGGAUCCCACCGGAUCCAGCCGCCAUCGGCCCGGGGCGCGGCCAACCCCCUGCAUGACGUGCCGCCAGCAAACCUCCCGCGCGGGUCACCCGGCACCAGAUCCGACCGCCACGGGCCUGAUCAUGUUGCAGAGGCGCGCGUGUUGGCUCCCUCUCCGUUUCUUCCUUUUGGCGUGCUGCAGUGCACAGAGGCGGUGCUGCAGUGCACAUCCACACCGAUGCUACAACCCCCAAACCUCAGGAAGAACCUGGUGCACUUCGGUUGGACGCCGCUUUGAAUCCUUUUGCAGUUUCCCUGGUCCAUUUAGUUUGGAUGGCCGAGCCCCCUCCGUGCAGUCUAUCGGCGCGUCCAUGCAGUACAGCGAGUCUGUGUAAUUUUGUGUUCUGUUUGUGCAUUGUUUGUGCAAUGUAGCGUGCAUGAUCAUGCAGUUUGGUACUAGUAAUUUGUGCGUGUGUAUCUUUGAAGCUCACUUUGUUCUCUCACGCAAUUUGGUAUAAAACUCCACUGUUGUCCA